GAUUCACGCGACUCCACCUCGAUCAACAACUCGACGUCGAGCUCAUCCAAGGUCCACAUUGAUAAUCCCCGUACAUCCGAUUGACUCAUGGAGAAAAUAACAUUAUACCCUCCGUUGUUCGAGCGAGGGCAAGAAGAGGAAUUUCUUGAGAGUGGUCGGUCUCUCUCAAUAGCCGCUUCACCGCGGGACAACUCUCUGGCUGUGUUUGCAGGGAGUUCUAAUGAACCCAAAGUGCCUCAUGAUAUCAACUCAGAGUAUCCCAAGCCACAGGACAUAUACACCGCGAGUACAGACCAGAUACCUUCGGCAGAACAUCGUUUGUUUAUAUCAGAAACGUCGGUCAUAUUUGCCGCAUUCCAAAAUCUCAUGAAAGCGACGCAGAACGCCCGACCACUGCAAGACGAACCAACACUUCAAGCAAUAACGAAACUAUGUGCAGACUACGUCGAGUUUAUCAAGACCUGUUGGGUGCACACGUCGCGACAAAUGGCAAGGGAUGAACCCCUACAAUUCGAUGCGGACCAUUACCAGAGUCUCUACACAUGCUUUGACUUAUUCGUGCUCUUGUACGCACCGGACAGUAAAGUCGUAGAUGUUCCGGUCGGAGACGAGUUGAUGGAGUGGCUUAACAAGCAUUUCAUUGAACCUUCAACAGAGGAAGGAGAUCAACUUAGCUCACAGGAUCGUCCAUGGGAGGACGAGUCGUUCUGGCCAUAUUUGAUCAGAACUAUUUUACGGGGACUUUCGAAAUCUUCUUUGUUCUUUUUGGAGGUUCUCUCUACCCGACAUCCUUCUUCACAUCUGCAGAGCAUGGCAGAACACCUUAUGCCACUCGUGGAAAACCAUCCACGUCUGAGCGACUACAAUCUUGAGCGUGAUUUUGUCAUUGAUUCGCGUAGAUGGAAGGACCAAGUCAAGUCAUUACGACUUGAGCUUGACCGCGUCCCCGAAGAUGCGAGGCAAGAUGGUGGAGACAACUGGUGGGACUCAUUCAGCGACAUCGUUGGCAUUCUCGAAGGUCGUCACUCAGUCAUUCAACGGGUUUGUCUUGAUCUGGGUGCAGACUGGAAGGAGGUGUGCGCCGCCUGGGCCAUUUUCGUUGACAAUCGAUUAAGAAGACAUGAGUUGCCAGAGGUGCUUCCAAAGAUUCUGGACGAGAUGCCACCCGAUCCGACAAGUUCUGAAGACAUGAUCUAUGUUUCUCUAUGUGCUGGGAAGCCUGCUAAAGCAUUAUCUUACGCUGAAAAGUUAGAUUUGUGGUUAGCGGCUCAUCUGGCAGAUAUCAUGGAGUCUGUAGAUCUAUUGGAUCCUAAGGUUGACGAAGAAUCCGGGAUGUCACGGAGGCAGCAGCAUGUUCUUGCAUAUGCUGAAUACCUUCAUUCGGACCCACAUCUAUGGCGUAUAACCGUUGACUACAUGUACUCAUGCGGUGUCAUUGGUCAAGAAAGGGCGGAUCAAAUACUGAUGCGUGUUCCAUUUAACCCAGCCCAUCGAGACGGCACAGCGACUGCUCUCGUAGCGGGAGAGGAUGAAACUUUGAAUUCUGAAGCGAUCGUCAACACCUUGAAGGAGAUUAGUAGGACCUGUUCAGAACACAAUAGGGAGUCAGUUCAAAGAAUUGUUAACUCUUUGGGCGCUCAAACCUUCCUUAAGCAAAAAAACUACAAAUCAGCUAUGUCUUACAUGAUUGCUGCCAAUAAUUGGUCUGGUCUCGGUCGUGUUGUAGAUUGUGUUUUAGCUGAAUAUAUCAUGCAUGGUCCCGAAACGUUCGCUCGCGCAGCUGCGACUGUUGCCUCCUCUCUCCAGGAUCCACGUAUACACCAAGGACCCAAUGGCGUAUUCAUUCAUCGUUUGGCAUUUGCUGUGCGAUACGCUGAAUAUCACCAGAGACGCAUGGACGGCGACUUUCAAGAGGCGGCCUUGGAUCUCGUGUCGAUGUUUCAAGAGGAGAUCGCACCAAAGUCAUGGUGGGGUACACUACUUGUAGACGCAACGGAGCUUCUCAAACUUGAUGGAUUGAUGUUGUUUUCCUCUUCUGGCGCUGUCGAGUUGCUGAAGCGCUUAGAAGAAGUCAAUAUUCGAGCAAUUCAAGGCUCAGGAGAGGAUUACUUAUCUGUGCUGGUUAAGACGAUGAAAAACGGGAGCCUCAAAGACGCUUUGCAGCGGCUCAAGGUGACACGGCUGGCCUUGGCUAAAUAUUAUGCUAAGUGUACCAUGGUAGGCGCGACGUGAGACAAUGUGACUGUGACGUAGUGACGUAGAAGUUGGAUAAUUCAUUUAAUUAAUGAUC